AUGUUUGUUCUGUUUCUGCUGGGCACAGUUUUCUUUCUCUGCCCUCUCUGGGGUGAACUUCGAAACCCUCUAAAAAAAGAGACUGCAAUAAUGUGUUAUGAAUGUGGUAAAUAUCAUCUUGGGUUGUGCUAUGAUACCAUGAGGUCCUGCAACCUGAAGUAUAAACAGUCCUGUGCAGUUGAGAACUUUUACGUGCUUCCAAGAAAAGGGCGGAGUAUGUAUCGAUAUUCAAAACUGUCAUGUAUGACCUACUGUGAAGACAUCAACUUCUUGGGUUUUGAGAAGAGGACCGAGCUCAUCUGUUGCAAUCAUAGUAACUAUUGCAACCUCCCUGAUGGAGUCUAG